AUGUCCCCUAGGCAAGCAAAGCAAGAAAAGAACAACUACCCUGAAUAUAUCCAUCACGAUAUGCUUGAUAACAUCCUUGUUUUCACUCAAACAAGCCAAGAAGGUCACAUGUUGCAAGACAAACUAAUCGCCACCAACAUAAAAAUGCAAAUGGAUAACCCAUGCAACCAUAUACGAUUGCAAGAAGAGAUGUCGAUGGGUGACGACGGCAUCCAUAAAAUCAUGCCUAUCACCAUAGAUUUGGUCUGUCUGCAAACCAGGUCUCAAAUCAAAUUCUUGAACCCAAAGACAACACAACUUGCAUCCAUUGAAUGGCCAUAUGAUGUCUCUCUCAGCAAUUGUGAAACAUCAUUUGGAGGGGAAUGGAAAACACUUUGCAAUGUAUGUCCUCGCCUUGAAUCUGAUGGAACCUGGUUUGAUAGAUUCGUAUACUGGCGUGUAGUCAAACUAUCCUCUGAAUAG